AUGUCUAUCAAAGUCAUCUUUGCGGCCUCUGCCUUGGCCGCUAGCUCUCUAGUCAACGCUGCCGUCAUCCCCGUGCGACGACAGGAAGCCAACUCCUGCGUCGGAAAGCAACCCGGUGACCAGUUCGUCUCCAAACUUGCAUCGAACGUCCAGUUCGAGGUCAUCUGUGGCCGCGACUACUACGGCGGCGAUCUCGAGAACGGCCUGAGGUGGCCUGGCUCUUUCGAGGGCUGCUUGGCUGCCUGCGACUCCGAGCCCGAGUGCAAGGCUGUUUCUUGGGUCGACGGGCCUUGCUACCUCAAGGGUGCCGUGUCUAGCCUGCUCGAUGGUAACCCUGCUGUUUGGACUGCGAAGAAGAACCCACCACCUACCUGCGAUGGCAGCGUCAACAGCGAUGGUGCUUCCUACAUCACAUCUGCCGGUAAAUUCCAGAUCAUGUGCGGCAAGGACUAUGCCGGCAACGACUUGAAGGGUGUCAGCACCGACUCCUUCGCCGCUUGUAUCGACCACUGCGCUGCUGAUGAGCAGUGCGUUGACGUCUCAUACGUCUACGGAGCCUGCUACCCCAAGUCCGCACUGGGCACCGUCUCUGACGCGUCUUGGGUCUGGACUGCCAAGUUCCUCGGAACCCGUGCCAGCCCCAGCCCCAGCCCCAGUGCCGACGUUUCCCCAAGUGCCACUCCCUCCAGCGACGCCACCCCUACCCCUGCAGUCCCCAAAGCACUCUCCUGCAUUGACAAAGCCAGCAAUGGCGCCAAGUACAAGGAGUUUGAGGUCGAGUGUGGUGUUGACCACUGGGGCGCUGACAUCGGUGCUGUUCCCACCACCACCACCUUCGAGGAGUGCAUGGAUGCCUGCGAGGCCAACACCGAGUGUGCUGUUGUGUCCUGGGUGUGGGGGUCUUGCUACAUGAAGAACGCGAAGAACGAGGGCCAGAAUGCUGACCACGUCUGGGGCGCUGUCCGCGCUGCCCGUGUCCCUGUUGUUGCUUCGUCUGAUGCUGUCAUCACACCUUCAGCAACUCCUGACGCUUCUGUCACCCCCGUGGACUCUGCAGUCGUCACUCCCACGCCUGCUGUUGACGCCUCAGUCACACCCUCCGAGGAUGCUGCUAUCGUCACACCUACACCAGCCGCCGACGCCUCGGUCACUCCCUCUGAAGACGCUGCCGCUAUCACCCCCACACCCGUUGCUGUAACCCCCUCCCCAGACGCUGCUGCAGUGACCCCCCCACCGGAAGCCGACGUCUUCCAAACCCCCGAGCCCCUGGUCAUUGCUCCUUCCGAGGACGCAAAGCAGCUGCUGUUACCCCCCACCCCCGCAGCCGACGCCUCAGUUACUCCCGCUGAGGAGGCUGCUGCCGUCACCCCUACCCCCACCCCCACCCCCGCCGCCGACGACGCCGCGUCUGCGAGCAUCACUCCCACCCCCACCCCUUCCUCCACCACCCCCGAGCCCAGCACCAGCACUCUGACCAUCGAUUAA